UUUUUCUGUUGACACGUCGCAUCUGCAGACUUGAAAAUGAAAAAACAUUUUACCGUUUUUAACCGCAAGAAUUCCAAUCUCUAAAGCAGAACCAUCAAAACGGUGGUGGAGUUCAAAUCGUUAAGUGUUUUGUAUCAUCUAGUAAAACUGAAAAAGGAAUAUCUCCAUUCAUGGCUGACCCACCAUUACCAACAAACUCUGAGAUGUUUCCUACUUCAGAGACGUGUUUAGAUAAAAUCAGCCUAAAGAGAAAAAUUGAAGAAAUAUCUCCAUCCAUGACAGACUCUGAGAAGUUUUCUGCUGCAGAUAAAAUCAGUCUAAAGGAAGAAACUAAAAGUGACUCCACAUUAUUUUAUCGUAAGAGUCAUCCAAGUCACUCAAAGAAUGUUACCCAGUCAUCAAAACAUGUACCAUGGGGAGAAAACCCCUCUUCUAAAUUAUUUCCCUCUGGAUAUCACAAUUGGGAAGAACUGGAUCUCUCUAAUCAACCUCUAAGCCAUUCAGAGAUAUCUUUCAAAUUAGCUGGAUGCAGGAAUGUGAGAAAGUUGGAUUUAUCGGGAUGUGGUCUUACUGAGGUGCCGGAGUUGGGUGAUCUUGACAAACUAGAGGAGCUGAAUCUGUCUAAUAAUCUUUUAAAAUAUCCAUUCAUUUCACUUUCGCAAUUACGGUGUCUAUGUUUGUUGAGAAAGCUGGAUUUAUCUGGAUGUGGUCUUACUAAGGUACCUAUGCUUAGAUAUCUUCUUGAACUAGAGGAACUGAAUCUGUCUAAUAAUCCUUUAAGAUUGUUAGAUUGGAAAAUGCGUGGUCUAUACUCAUUGAGAAAGUUGGAUUUAUCUGGAUGUGGUCUUACUGAGGUACUUGAGCUUGAAUAUCUUGAUAAACUUGAGGAACUGAAUCUGUCUAAUAAUCCUUUAAGAAUGUCAGAUUGGAAAAUGCGUGGUCUAUACUCAUUGAGAAAGUUGGAUUUAUCUGGAUGUGGUCUUACUGAGGUACCUGUGGUUAAAUAUCCUGAUGAACUUGAGGAACUGAACUUGUCCAAUAACCACAUUGACCAUCAAGAUUUAUUGCAAAAAUUCAGUAGCAGAAAGUCAUCCCAUAUUAGUAAUCUGAAACCAUUGGAACCCAUAGCCGGUUUUUUCAGGCCACCCAACUUGAGAAGGGUCAUAUUUGAAGAUGGUGCCUAUAUAUAUUUACAUUUAAAAGGAUUGAAUGAGUGGAUUUGGCAGGAAGCAGAUGGCAAACUUGUGAAAGAAAAUUGGUUGGAUGAAUUUAUUCGACUAGCAAAGUCAGAAUCAGGGAAACUCACAAUUGAAACGUAUCAUCACAUGCUCAAAAGCUUGAACGUCGUCCGCAGUCUGGUUGGCGACAAUGUUGAAAGUUGUUUGGAUCGAGCAUCGACUUUCAAUCAAUGUUGUUUGGAAAUUUUAAAUUAUUUGCCUGGAAUUAAUGUUAAAGGAAGUCGUAAUUCCUAUUCAAAAGAAUGUCUGAUUGAUUUGCAAAGUGGUGUUUCUCUGCUAAAAUUUUGGUCCAGUGGCAGUGAUGAUGAUAAGUAUAUAUUGAAACAGGUCAUGACGAUAUACAAGAUUACCGUCAAGAGCGCAUUCGAAGCUUUUUCAAGGAUGUCAGUUACAGCCGAUGGCGGAACCUUUGCUACAAUGCUGAAAAUUGUAUCAGAAGUACUUCUCAAUUUGACUAAACCAGAAACUGUGGUUAUUCGUUGUCUACAAUUUCUACAAGAGCUUCAUGAUCUACCCGUAAUUCAAGACAUGUUUUCCUUUCUAAUCGCAAAUGACAAGCAAAUGAGCUUCUUGAUAGACGAUAAGAAAUUUUUAAAUGUUUUAUCUGUCCACAAAAUGAACAAGAUCUUGUACGAGUUUGUGCGAGUGUUUGUUAAACCACCGCCAACUGUUGAGGAGUGGCCAGCGACAAUACAACUCCGUGAACAAGUUUACAAUCCUUUGAUCGAGGAGCAGUUCUUGAAAGAAAGAUUGAUGUUUAACAACAGACCAGUAUCUAGUCAAAUGGAAUCGGAUAUUGAUAAGAUUAUUGGAACUGACGAGAAUGUUGAAGGUCAGAAUACCGAUGUAGUAGAAUAUAAUGAUCCAAUCAUCGAAAGUAAUCUGGGAACCUCUGUUAACAGCAUCAUUGUGAAAGCUGAAGGUGGAUGUUUUGGUAUUCCCGUGGCAAGUGCGUUCCUCUUUUUUCCACCACAAGCCGUUGAAGAUGAGAUAACUCUGACGUGUAGCCGAGUGAAACACAAGGAUUCUGAGGUGAAGCCAAGAGAUGCUGUUAGCCAGAUUCUUAAAAUUGAACCCGAGGGCGUCACAUUUAAGAAACCUGUUACGGUUCUUCUAUCACACUCAGCGUACGAAGACGAGGUGUUUAAGAAUUUCUACGAGUUGAUCGUGGAGCGAUUCAGACCGACUAAAGAUUCCACUGACCCAUUCCCGACUGGAUGGCUGGAGUUAAAAACGGGAGAGAUAAGCUCUAGUAAAGAUCUUCCCAAAGGAAUACGUAAUCCAAAGAUCAUGGAGGAUUAUUUGCCUUUUGCCAAAGCAACCAUACAAGAGACGUGUACGUUGGUUGCUACAACACGAAUCAGAUCAGAUCAGGUUUUAAUUCCAACAAGGAAAAGUUACACCUUCUGCAAGCAUUAUGGAAAAAAUACUGAAUUAAAGAUUACAUUUCCAGCAGGUGUCACGGACAGUUUGCUGAGCUUAAAAAUUCAGUUACUUCCUGCUGAGGUUGUCUUGAACAAAGAUAUGCGUUUGAAUGAAAAUCUUGUUUGUGGUCCUGUGAUUAGAGUUUCUGGUCAGAAAGUUCUAUUCCUUAACCCAGUUGAUGUUGAACUCACUUACUCUCACGAAGACGUCACUAAUAUCAGUGAAGAAUUUUUACCAGUUAAAAGCAAGAUUAAGUUUACGACCAAAUAUGGGCUGUUGUUGCGAAGCAAGAAAGUGGAAGAAAAGUGGGAAAAAUUAAAUGAAUCUAUUGAUGUUCAUGUCGAACGGUUAAGAAAGGAUCAACUUAAAUUUUCUUUUGCUGUCAAACACUUUUCCGAUUAUGUAACACUCAUGAAUAUGGACGAAGGGAGCAGUGUUGAUUCAUCGAAGGUAUCCCCAGUGGUAAAUACAGACAAACAAGCUCGUCAUUUAGCCUUUGUUUUGGCUGUCCACAAGAUUGAUGACAUCCAGAAUACACUUCAUGCUGUGUUGAUGCCUAAAUUAGAGAAGCGUUCAGUUGAAACGAAAUGGAAAGUAGACGCGAUACAUUUCAUGGAUUCUCUCACAUCUGGGGAGCCGAUAUUCUUCUGUGCCCCCCUUUCCGAAAGCCUUAUUAACUAUCAUCUGCCUUUGAUGGACUAUACUUUAAGGUUUGAUCCUGAUACUGAGUCGGAGCUUCCCAACAACACAGCCAAGAAUGUCGAUUUAAGAGGAAAAUUUAUGCGUUUCCUAAAGGAUAACGAAUGUAAUAAUGGAACGAACCAUAGUACGCAGGGAGACUGUCGUGCAAAGGCACCAAUCCACGUUUCUGAAACAAUUUCAGUUCAGGCAACGACAGAGCAACACAAAAGCACGCUAGACAGUAGAUGUACCCGAGAACUCAAUGUUGCAUCUGGUCAAGAAAGCCCUCUGAGAAACCGUCAGAUUAGCGAGGUUAUAAAUGUAAUGAUUGAUCAUUGCGAACUGUUUCAAAGAUCAGUUGAAAUUAGAGCCCAAAAGGAAUUAGAGAUUGCAACAGUUACGAAAGAUCCUAAAGCAGGCAAAAUGACAAAGGUCGUGGACGUUGCUGGGCCAGCGGCUACCGUUCUCUUUAGCCUCGCUUGUGGCAUAACAGUCGCGACAGGUUUCGCAACUUUUGGGAUCGCAUCGUUUUGUGGUGCUGUAGUGGCUGGUGGUACUCUGAUCGUUAAGAGUGUUGAUAAGCACAAAAAACAGGCUAACGUUAAAAGAUUCGUGCAGACAUUGGACGAAGCAGCGAAAAGAGAAAGAGCACACGUUUCAUCUUAUCUGAAUUGUCUCGUGAAAGAUAUUGCUAAAGAAUUAUGUCGUAUUUUUGAGUACCAGUUAUUUCAUUUGAAAAGCGAGAAGGAAGUUACGAUAUUAGCCGAGUCUGCAGUUGAUUUGAUGUUGAAUCUAAAGAAAAAUGAUGUUUUUGACAGAAACACUUUGCUAAAAAAUGUUCUCCUAAAUGGCGAAGCAAAAAAAAGAGAAUUACUGACAUACAAUGAUGAGAAAUGGUUUGCUCCUGAUGUGUUUCGAAAGCCAGGUUUGCGACGAGUGAUAAUCGGAACGAAUAGCACAGAGUGUGUUUACAAAGUUAAACUGGACGGGACUUGUGACACAAAAAAGUAUGGUUAUCGCGGCCAAUUUCUUGAAAUUAUGGAAUAUGGUGGAGAAAAUGAGGAAGCAACAUCGGAUGCAAUGACUGUUGAUGAUGAAAACUCGAAGUUUAAGUUAUGUGAGAAAUGUCAGGAUUGCUGUAGCAGUGGAAAGUAUUUUUUAGAAUCUGAAAUCGACCGUGAAUACACAAAGCCGUGUCAAGAAGCUUUAAUAUACCGUCCUCUGCAUCUUUUAGUGCAAUGUCCUGAAGUUAUAUAUUCAUUUAGUGAUACACUUCAAGAAAACCGUUCAUUUGCGGAUUUCUUGAAGACAAAGAUCGGUAUCCAAGAUAAUGAAAUGUUGCUCCCUGUUUAUCGACAACAUGUGCCGGGUACAGUGUUGAAUCUGAGUCUGAAUAAAGCAAAUCUCACUGGAUCUGAUUUCAGCUAUUCUAACUUUGGAGACUCUUUUCUUCUGGGUUGCGAUUUCACGAAGUGUGUGAUGUUGUUUGCAACGCUGUUUGGAGCAAAGAUGUCUCGUUCAACAUUUCUUGACACAUUCAUCAGUCACAGUGAUCUGAGGGAAGUCAAAGCUGAUGGCUGCAGCUGGACGAAAACGUCUGUUCUUCACUCACGUGUUGAUAAUGCAGAUCUAAGCCAUGCUGUACCAACUGUCGGUGAUAAUCAUUGGGAUGGAACUAACCUUUGUGACGCCAUUAUCAGUAGACCAGUUGAACCAUUAAAUGUGAACGGAGGAAUACAUUUGAUGGAAAUUCCAAAAGGACAAAUGUCUUAUGUCUGAAAGAUUUGAAAAGAGUAAGAAAUCGUCGUUUUAGGACUAGUGAAUUUGUUAUCAAGUAAGUUUUAGGAUUAGUGAAUUUGUUAUCAAGUAAGUUUUAGGAUUAGUGAAUUUGUUAUCAAGUAAGUUUUAGGAUUAGUGAAUUUGUUAUCAAGUACGUUUUAGGAUUAGUGAAUUUGUUAUCAAGUAAGUUUUAGGAUUAGUGAAUUUGUUAUCAAGUAAGUUUUAGGAUUAGUGAAUUUGUUAUCAAGUAAGUUUUAGGAUUAGUGAAUUUGUUAUCAAGUAAGUUUUAGGAUUAGUGAAUUUGUUAUCAAGUAAGUUUUAGGAUUAGUGAAUUUGUUAUCAAGUACGUUUUAGGAUUAGUGAAUUUGUUAUCAAGUAAGUUUUAGGAUUAGUGAAUUUGUUAUCAAGUAAGUAAUAUUUUAGGAACAAUUAAUGCAUGAUCGGUAGUGUGAAAAUUUUAGCAUGUAAAAACAUAAUUGAUUAGUCUUAUUAUACUGCAUUUAAUGCAGCUAAUAGUCACGAAGCACGUUCUAUAUACCAAUGCCUUUCUCAAUAUUACUUAUGCAUUAAUGCACGGUUGAUUAAUGUAAUAUCAGAAUAUAUUAUCGUUUGUUUGGAUUCCGCCAUUUUGGGUGGCAAAUAUUUGGGUUACUAUAGUUAUUCCGAGUCCACGAAUAUAAUCCUUACUUUAAUCCUAAACCUGACCCUAACCAUUACGAAACUAGUUGCGACGAAUGAUUAAUUCAAGGUUUAUAUUCGUCGAUUCUGAACAUGGGAUUAUUACCAAUAUUUGGGUGGUGAAUAAUCCUGUAUCAGAUGCUAAAACGCAAGUGUGGCUGUGCAAAAGAGCAGGGCCAUAGCUAGAAGCUUAAUUGGGGGGGGGGGUAUAUUCAUAUAUUAGUCUUAUGCCCGACUGAUUUCUUUUGUACGCUA